AUGAUCCUUGACGAAGGUCUGUCUGCAGAUGGUGGUGCCAAGCGACAAGAACAUCUGUCCCGGUUCUCCAUGCCAGAUCUAAGCAAAGAUUCAGGAAUGAACGUCUCAGAGAAGAUGAGUAACAUGGGAACCCUCAAUUCUUCUGUACAGUUUAGAAGUGCCGAAUCUGUCCGCAGCCUAAUUUCUGUUCAGCAGUACCAAGAUGUAGAUGCCAACCUACACAAUCUUGCCAAUCCCAUUGGAUACAGGGAGACCUCAUCACAUGGAAGGAUGCACCAGAGCUUUGAUUAUGAAGGCGGGAUGGCAAGUAACAAAUUGGCUGGACCAGACAAUAUCAGACAUCCCCCGAUGAGCGAACGCACACCCAGACGAACUAACAUCCGAGAUGAUGAUCGGCGUUAUCGCCCCCACAGGCCCCGACGGUCCAGGCGUUCCCGUUCAGAUAAUGCUCUUCAUCUCACUAGUGAACAAAACUAUAAGUUGAAAGAGAGGCCCUCCCUACGAGCCAGAGAGGACUAUGACCAGUUUUUGCAGCAAAGAAGCUGCCGGGAAACCAUGGAGCAGAACACCCGGAGGAACCUGUAUGGCCAGUGUCCCAGGACUGUCUCAGACCUGGCCUUGCAAAAUCAUUUUGGCGAGAGAUGGGGACCCUACUUUGCCGAAUACGACUGGUGUUCCACGUGCUCCUCCUCCUCCGAAUCUGACAAUGAAGGCUACUUCCUGGGAGAACCAAUUCCUCAACCAAGCCGACUCCAGUACGUCACCAAUGAAGAUCUUCUUCACAAAUACGGCUCGUACAGCAUGCCUAAGUCUUCUACACUGGGUGGUCGAGGACAGUUACACAGCCGAAAAAGGCAAAAGAGCAAAAACUGUGUCAUAGCAUAGCCGCAUAGCCCAAGCACAGUGUUAGAGAAUGUAAUUAUUUCAUCAACUUGCACUGCUGUAGGUUUUCAAGCGCUUUGUAUUGUAACAAAACAAUCCAGGCAAAA